CUGCUCUUCGGGUUUUGUUUUGUUUUAUUUUAAAUGGUUUUGCUUUUUCCUUUUCCAUUACUGAUGGGUAGGCAAGUCAGGAGCCAAAGAGUGUACCCUGUACACUACACGCGGUAUCUAAAGGCUAGGACAGAAAGGGAUAGCGAGGAGGCGGGGUCCGGUAAAUCAGGCCAAUUGCGAAGGAGCAGUCACCCUGACCGGAGAAACCCGGAUAGAGCAUCUUAGUUGGCAAGGCGGGAGCUAGGUAAAGCGAAGAGGUCUUCAGGUUUCUGCAGUAGGCGAGCUGAAACGUGGACCUGGGAGAGUUUUCUGUCACUGCUGUAACAUGGGUGGCAAGAACAAGAAACACAAGACCCCGGGGGCUGCGGCUGUCCGAGCCGCCGUGUCUGCUUCCCGAGCCAAAACUGCCGAGGCCGGAGCUGUUGGGGAAGCCCAAAGCAAGAAACCGGUGGCCAGGCAGACCCCCGCGGUCGCUCCCAGCGCUCGGGAAUCCCGAGUCAAGCAAGGUCCAAAAAUUUAUAGUUUUAAUUCUUCAAAUGAUACUGGUGGUCCUGCAAAUCUGGAUAAAUCUAUUUUGAAAGUGGUAAUUAAUAACAAGCUAGAGCAAAGAAUUAUUGGAGUGAUCAAUGAACAUAAAAAGCAAAAUAAUGACAAAGGGGUGAUUUCUGGAAGACUUACUGCCAAAAAAUUACAGGAUUUAUACAUGGCAUUACAAGCAUUUUCAUUUAAGACUAAGGACAUUGAAGAUGCCAUGACCAAUACACUCUUGCAUGGAGGCGAUCUUCAUUCUGCUUUGGAUUGGCUCUGUUUAAACCUUUCAGAUGAUGCACUUCCUGAAGGAUUCAGUCAGGAAUUUGAGGAGAAUCAACCUAAAAAUAGGCCAACGUUUCAGUCUCCUCAAAUACAAGCUACUGUUUCACCUCCAUUGCAAAUUAAAACCAAAAAAGCGGAAGACCAUAAGAUUAAGCCAAAAAAGGAAGAAAAAAAUGUGGAAGUAAAUAUGAAAGAGUGGAUUCUGCGAUAUGCUGAACAACAAAGUGAAGAAGAAAAGAGUGAAAAUUCUAAAAGUUUAGAGGAAGAGGAAAAAUUUGACCCUAAUGAAAGGUACUUACAUCUUGCAGCAAAACUUCUGGAUGCAAAGGAACAAGCAGCUACCUUUAAACUAGAAAAAAAUAAGCAGGGCCAAAAAGAGACUCAGGAAAAAAUAAGGAAAUUUCAGAGAGAAAUGGAAAUUUUAGAAGACCAUCCAGUAUUCAAUCCAGCCAUAAAGAUAUCACAUCAACAAAAUGAAAGAAAAAAGCCUCCUGUAGCCACAGAAGGAGAAAAUACUUUGAACUUCAAUUUAUUUGAAAAGUCUAUACCUGCUGUGGAUGAAGAGAAAGAUAAAAAGAAGGACACCCAUGAUGUAAGAAAUUUUGACUAUACUGCUCGAAGCUGGACUGGAAAAUCUCCAAAACAAUUUCUGAUUGAUUGGGUCAGGAAGAAUCUUCCCAAGAGUCCAAAUCCCUCCUUUGAAAAAGUUCCAGUAGGUCGAUACUGGAAAUGUAGAGUAAGGGUAAUCAAGUCUGAAGAUGAUGUCCUUGUAGUAUGCCCUACUAUCUUAACAGAGGAUGGCAUGCAAGCUCAGCACUUGGGUGCUACAUUAGCACUUUAUCGUUUAGUGAAAGGGCAGUCCAUUCAUCAGUUACUCCCUCCCACUUAUCGAGAUGUUUGGCUAGAGUGGAGUGAUGCAGAGAAGAAAAAGGAAGAAUUAAAUAAAAUGGAAACCAAUAAGCCACGUGAUCUUUUUAUUGCCAAACUUUUGAAUAAAUUGAAACAGCAGCAGCAACAACAGCAUACAGAUAAUAAGAAAGAAAACUCUGAAGAUCCUGAGGAAUCUUGGGAAAAUUUAGUUUCUGAUGAGGAUUUUUCUGCUCUGUCCUUGGAAUCAGCAAAUGCAAAAGAUUUAGAAUCUGUUAGAAAUCUUUUUAGAAAGUUACAAAGUACACCUAAGUAUCAGAGACUUUUAAAGGAAAGACAACAGUUACCUGUGUUCAAACACAGGGAUUCAAUUGUGGAAACCCUUAAAAGACACCGAGUAGUAGUUGUGGCAGGUGAAACAGGGAGUGGUAAAAGUACUCAAGUACCUCAUUUUCUGUUAGAAGAUCUGCUUCUGAAUGAGUGGGAAACAAGUAAAUGUAACAUUGUCUGUACCCAGCCCCGAAGAAUCUCAGCAGUGAGUCUAGCCACCAGAGUGUGUGAUGAAUUGGGCUGUGAAAGUGGACCUGGAGGAAGGAAUUCUUUAUGUGGAUAUCAGAUCCGGAUGGAAUCUCGAGCUAGUGAAUCUACCAGGUUGCUUUAUUGUACAACAGGAGUUUUGAUAAGAAAACUUCAAGAAGAUAGCCUUCUCUCUAAUGUGUCUCAUGUUAUUGUAGAUGAGGUUCAUGAAAGAAGUGUACAGUCAGAUUUUCUACUAAGUAUCUUGAAGGAAAUUUUACAGAAACGUUCUGAUCUACACUUGAUUUUAAUGAGUGCUACUGUGGACAGCGAAAAGUUUUCUACAUAUUUCACACAUUGUCCUAUUCUCAGAAUUUCAGGAAGAAGUUAUCCUGUUGAGGUUUUUCAUCUUGAAGAUAUAAUAGAAGAAACAGGAUUUGUACUUGAGAAAGAUUCAGAAUAUUGUCAGAAAUUUCUGGAGGAGGAGGAAGAAAUAACUGUUAAUAUUACAAGCAAAGCUGGGGGAAUAAAGUAUCAGGUUCCACAAGAGUUUUUAAGUCAUAUAGGUUUAAAAAAAAAUCAUAUGGCUCACAUUGGAUUUGAAUAUAAUUUGGAGGAAACAAAUGAAUAUAUACCAAUUCAAACAGGAGUGAGUGCUGAUUUAAAUCCAUUUUACGAAAAAUAUAGCAACCGUACUCAGCAUGCUAUUUUGUACAUGAAUCCUCAUAAAAUCAACCUGGAUCUCAUUUUGGAACUUCUUGUAUAUUUAGAUAGAAGUCCUCAAUUCAAAAAUAUUGAAGGAGCAGUACUGAUCUUUUUACCAGGCCUUGCUCAUAUUCAACAGUUAUAUGAUCUCCUAUCAAAUGAUAGAAGAUUUCAUUCUGAGAGAUAUAAAGUGAUAGCUCUGCAUUCUAUUCUUUCAACUCAAGAUCAAGCUGCAGCCUUCACACCUCCUCCUCCAGGAGUCAGGAAGAUUGUUUUAGCAACAAAUAUUGCAGAGACAGGUAUCACUAUUCCAGAUGUUGUGUUUGUAAUUGACACUGGAAGAACAAAAGAAAAUAAGUAUCAUGAAAGCAGUCAGAUGAGUUCUUUGGUCGAGACUUUUAUCAGUAAAGCCAGUGCUCUACAACGCCAGGGGAGAGCUGGGCGAGUCAGGGAUGGCUUCUGUUUCCGACUAUACACAAGAGAAAGAUUUGAAAGCUUUAUGAACUAUUCUGUUCCUGAAAUUUUGCGUGUACCUCUGGAGGAAUUAUGUCUUCAUAUUAUGAAAUGUAAUCUUGGUUCUCCUGAAGAUUUCCUCUCCAAAGCCUUAGAUCCUCCUCAGCUUCAAGUAAUCAGCAACGCAAUGAAUUUACUCCGAAAAAUUGGAGCUUGUGAACUAAAUGAGCCUAAGCUGACUCCAUUGGGCCAACACCUUGCAGCUUUACCAGUGAAUGUCAAAAUUGGCAAGAUGCUUAUUUUUGGUGCCAUAUUUGGCUGCCUUGAUCCAGUGGCAACACUGGCAGCAGUUAUGACAGAAAAGUCUCCUUUUAUCACACCAAUUGGCCGAAAAGAUGAAGCAGAUCUUGCAAAAUCAGCUUUGGCUAUAGCAGAUUCAGACCAUCUGACGAUCUACAAUGCUUAUCUAGGAUGGAAACAAGCACGGCAAGAGGGAGGCUAUCGUUUUGAAAUCACGUACUGUCGAAGAAAUUUUCUUAAUAGAACAUCACUGUUAACCCUAGAGGAUGUCAAACAGGAAUUGAUAAAGUUGGUUAAGGCAGCCGGAUUUUCAUCUUCUGCAUCUACCAGCUGGGAAGGAAAGAGAGCACCCCCCACACUUUCUUUCCAAGAAAUUGCCCUUCUUAAAGCUGUAUUGGCUGCAGGACUCUAUGACAAUGUGGGGAAAAUAAUCUACACAAAGUCAGUGGAUAUUACAGAAAAAUUGGCUUGUGUUGUAGAGACAGCUCAAGGCAAAGCACAAGUACAUCCAUCCUCAGUAAAUCGUGAUUUACAAACUUAUGGAUGGCUUUUAUAUCAGGAGAAGAUAAGGUAUGGCAGAGUGUAUUUAAGGGAAACAACCCUAAUAACUCCCUUUCCAGUUUUACUCUUUGGUGGUGAGAUAGAAGUUCAACACCGGGAACGUCUUCUUUCUGUUGAUGGCUGGAUCUAUUUUCAGGCCCCUGUAAAGAUAGCUGUCAUUUUCAAACAACUAAGAGUUCUCAUUGAUUCUGUUUUAAGAAAAAAGCUUGAAAAUCCAAAGAUGUCCCUUGAAAAUGACAAGAUUCUACAAAUCAUUACAGAAUUGAUAAAGAUGGAGAAUAGUAAUUGAUACUGAAAUUUAUGGUCAGCUGCUUUAAGCUGAAGAUACAAUCAUGAAAUUAUGAGAAAAUGGAUCAUCCCAUUAAGUGUUUUAUUACCGAAAAUGUUGGUACUAGCCAUAACCUAAAAGGUGGAGGAAAGAAGCACAUACUUUCAACAUGUGUAAUUUUCUAGUUCCUUUUUAAUGAUUGCUCUCAGUAUAUUUGCCACUACAUUUACAAUAAAUACUUUGGUAUCAUC